AUGCCACCUCAACCCCCCUUAACAGCAACCAUAACUACAUCCUCCCAAUCCAUUCCUCCCCUCAACAGCAUCGCCCCCUCCAUCUUUGUCCCCCUCACCGACGACAUAUCCACGUUCUCUACGCCGCGCGACCGCAUCGCCCGUCUCAAGCACAUCCUCCAAACCAUCGACCUGCAACACGACGGCGUCAAGCAAAAUCUGCUCUACAUGUUCGAGCGAGAGAAGCAGCGUCUGAUCUUAGCAGCCCAAGAAGCGGAAGAGAAGAUGGGUGUACAGAGGGUGAGGGAGGGCGUGACGAGGGAGGAGGAGGAUGAGGUUGUUCGGAACAUGGAGGCUAGACCGAGCAAGAAGGAGAAGGGGGAGGUUGGAGAAUAUGAUCCCUGGAAGGGGGAGCAGCAGCAGGGGUUUGUGGUGCCGCAGCCGGAUAUGGGGGUCAGGGAGAGGGCGGUCGCAGAUUUAAUUAACGUCAUUGAGAGGGGGGUACUCGAUCUGCAGGCGUUUGAGAAGUAUACGGAGGGGAUUAGGACGAAGUAUUUGGAGUUGUUGGAGAGGGAGGUGGUGAGGUUGGAGGAGGCGGGAAAGAGGCCUGAGGAGAGGACCAGGACGGACUAG